AUGGAAUGGACACUUCAGGAGUUGAAGGAGACGUUUUCUCCUCUCACUCCCGAUGGAGAUGAGUUCAUACUUUGCUGCCAAUUAUACGGGAAGCUGGAUUCAACUCUCAACGCUCUUAGGAACAUUGCCGAAACAUUGAAAACAACGCCCGGCACCUCUGAGAUUCUCGAUGAGAUUGAGAACUCUCUCCAUUGGUUGAAGGAUUAUUGCGAUACCUUCUUUGAAAAAGUCGCUUUCCAGGAUAAGGCUCAACGCGAAAAAUGUUACGAGAUUGUCAAGGGGCUAAUAGAACAGAUCAAAGCCAUCAUGUCGACCUUUGAAACCGCUGAAAUCUUCCGACUGGCGCUGCCGGACGCAACACUAUGCUAUGGCAAUCUCGAACGCUGUGUAGUGGUUAGGGACGAGUUGAAAGGUUUCCUAGAGGAGUACCCCGCAACCGGCGGAAAUUACGCAUAG